AGUUCCAGAUAAUUCGACCCUCCGAAAAGGGAAAGAGCAUUUUUUCUCGUCAUUUAAAAAUUAACGAAGAAAAGAACAAUAUAUCUUUGAACUCUCUAUAAGCGAUCUAUGCCUGAAGUGGAAGUGGAUAACAAGAAGCCAUCUGAGAUUAACAGUUUCCAUCACAUGAUCAGUAGUAAAAAUGUGUUGAAAAUGGAAGCAGUGGAGAUGAGCAAGAAGAGGAAAUUUCAGACAGAUCAAUCAGAGUUAUCAUUACUACCUCUGUCGAAGCAUGCUUGUUUUGACAAUGCCACUUGUUCUGACAAUACCAACGGCAGAUCAGAGCUUGCUUCAGAGUGUUCAACGUCUUAUGUGAACUCAAGUUCAAUGGAAUGUGACAAUGCGAUUGUGAUGAAAGAAGAAUCAUCUGGAUCAUGUAGUGAAGACAAGAUGAUCACUUUCGAAAGCCAUCUUGAUUUCAUCUAUAGCACCCAAAAACUUGAGGAUUUUUCAGAGAAAGACAUUAAAAACAUUCUCUACCUCGAUGAAGAAGAUGAAGAAGAAGCUAAUGGAUGUAGUAAUGCUGCUAAUUAUGUUCUGUCCUCUGGGAGAUGGACUGUUAACCAAGAUUCUACUCGGCAGGGCACAAAGAAGCCUACGAUUGAUCAAGAAUUUGAGCAAUAUUUCUCAACGCUAAUGUUGUGACGAAAUGAUAUUAGGCACAAAACAUAUAUAAAAAUGUACAUAGAGCUGUACUAAUGUGUAAUCUCUUAUCAUUUUGAUUCUUGUAAACAAUAAAACCUUCAUCUCAAAGUGAUUAGAGAGGUUCUUUGUAA